CAUCAAGCCGGGCACAGAAGACCCAGCAUGCCCAAGGCUUGACCCAUCACUCAAAUUGUUACUGACAUCAUGUGGGCACUGAGCAGCGGCUGCGGGACAUCUUGGCUGAGCCUCUUCCUAGCCGCCCAGAUCUUGAUUUCGUGCUUCUUUGUGGCUCACUCGCAAGAUCCCAAAACCGUGAACAUCAGCCUGACACCCUACCCGAAGACCCCAACGGUCAGAGCCUCGGUUACAAUCUACCCAGAGAAUACAACGCGGGACGUGACCUCCUGCCUGUGGCUCAGGAGUAAAAAUGACGAAGACCUUUGGAUCAUCUUGAACAUGUUCAAGCCCAUCGAGAAGGUCCUGAGGGGAGCUGCCUAUAAUGGGAGGCAGUUCUUUAGGAACAACUGUGGCCUGCUCAUCACCAGGCUGGAAAUGGAGGACAUGGCAGUCUACAAGUUCAUCAGGAACACCACCAGUGAGACUGAGACUGGAUCAAUAUUCCUGUGGAUCCAGCAAGAAGUGGUCACUACUACUCCAGGUCCGAAAGUACCACAGCGAAGAGUCAUCACUGUGGGCACCAUGGCGGGCAUCAUCGUCGGCUGCCUGAUCGGGUCCAUCUUAGUUGUAGGCGUGAUCACGUACCACACCAUGAAACAAUCAGAAAGGACUAGCUGGGGUUCUGGAGAAGAUAGAAGCCCUCAUUCAACAUCCAACUUGGGUUCGGCAGAAGGUAGAAGCCCUCAUUCAGCAUCCAAACCUGGGAGCCAGCAGAGACUAAGCAUUCAUAACCUUGGACCUGUACCUGCACCCCAGUGAAAUCAGCCCAGGUGUCUGACCUGCAUCCCACCUGGAAUCCACCUGGACCCCAUGGACUUUCCUCCCGAGACCCUAAGAAGACGGAAAAGAAGACGAAAUGCUCCAUCUUCCAGGAUCACCUCCCAAACGUCUUGACCAUCCUUUGGACCCAUCCAGGUCCCUUGUUGCCCGGAGAGAAAGACAAACCCAUUAUAUAUUCUCGGAUGGAAUAAAAACCUCCAGUGUCCACCA